UUUAACUUUGACGAUUCGAUCGAUUCAAUUUAAUUAUCAAAAUAAAUUUAAAAAUAUAAAUUUUUUAUAAAUAUUUUUUACCGACCAAUCAAGAUAAAUUUAAAAAUAUAAAUUACUCCUGAAUGAUACUUAGGGAGCCGGUCCCAUCUUAACUCUUCUAUUCGUAAAUACAUAUCUAGAGUACAAAUGCAAUUAGCAUUUGCUUCCUUUCCAAAUGUAGCAAUUUUAGAGUUUGAGAUGGGUCUCUCUUCUUCGUCCUCGUUUUUUUUUUUUGUUUUUUUUGGGAAAAAAAAUACGGUUCCUAUCAUCCUAUGCCAUUUAUCCAUUUAUGUUUUCAUUAUUUUAAUUUUAUGGCAUUUAUGCUUUCAAAAUAAAUCGUUACUGCUCUCGCGGUUUCGACGCCUCUCUCUCUUUCUCUCUCUCUCUCUCUCUCGCUCUUCGUCGCUCUGUUCGUUUCGAAGUCCGAGAAAAAUCGCAUCUUUCGACCUCGCCUCCUCCCAGCUCCAUUCGCUCUCUCGAAGGUGCUCCCGUCGAUGGACACAUGAGUUUCUUGGCGGCGGAUUCCCAUCUGGACGUCGCGGAGAUCCUUCGCAAGCUCCACAGCGUCGGCUUUUGCUCUCGUCUCGAUGUGACGGAUGCUGGCUCCGAGACUUCGAGCGCGCUCUUCGAUCGGGUCCUGUCGGCCUUCUUGAAGGAGGCCAAUCGGAGAGGGGAGCUCCGCCCGCUGCCGGCCAUGGUCGGCGAUGGGCGUCCCGUCGAUAUGUGGAAGCUCUACUGCUCCGUGCGAGAUAUGGGCGGCUAUGAUCGGGUGUCUGCGGACUCCGGAUGGGCUUCGGUGGCACAGGCGCUUGGGGUGGAGUCGAGGUGCGGUUCGAUGGUGAAAUUGGUGUUCUUUAAGUACUUGGAUGCGCUCGAGAGGUGGGUGAUGCUAGCAUCGGGGAAGCAGGUCAAAGGGCAACAGAGUGGAUACCAAAAUCUGAAUCACUCUAAUGCAAAAGUAACUAUAAAACAAUCGCCAAUGCUUUCAUGUUCACUAGAAGAUCAGUUCUUGUCUCCAUUAAAGGGAUGUGGAUGCUGUUUGAAGACUGGCACCAAUGGGAAUGAGUAUGACAACAGUGAUAGUCUAAUGUUGGAAUUGAGCUCAGUUAAGGGUGGAAGCAAUCGUUGCAAAAGGAAGCAGCAAACUUUGGUUCGAUUGCUUCGUUGGGUGAGAAAUACCGCAAAAAAUCCUAUUUACUGUCAUGUUGGGAAAACACAAUUAACUGAUGUUAGACAAAGUAAGAACAUUGUGGCUAUGGAGAACUAUGCUGGUGCUCUUCUGGCUAGGAAGGCAUUGUUUCAGAAAGUAGUGAAUCAAACUGGCUCCGAAGCGAACCAUCAGAAGGAAGCAAACUCCAUCAAUUGUGUCGAUGUUAAUGGUACCAUUUCCCAUACCACUGAGUCAUCUCAGUCUGUUAAAGAAAAAUCUAGUUCAACAACUUUGGCAUGCAAUGAUGCCCAACAUACAACUCAUAGUAUGUACUUAGAUAACAUAGAUGAUUGGCAUUUUGGCGUUCAACGACAGAAGGAAGUACCAGUGGGCUUGUCCUUCCAAGCAGAAGUUCUUGAUUGGACUGACUGGCCAUCUGUAUCUGCUGAUUCUUCAGAUGAGCUGAAAUGGUUAGGUACACGGCUCUGGCCUCCUGAAGGUCAAGAGAACAUGCCAUUAUUUAAUGAUCCUGCUAUUGGAAGAGGUAGACAAGAUACUUGUGAAUGUAACUUUCCCAGAUCAGUUGAGUGCACCAGAUUUCACAUCGCCGAGAAGAGAUUUCAAUUGAACCAUGAAUUGGGUCCAGCUUUUCAUUUUUGGGGAUUUAGAAAUAUGGGUGAGGAAGUCACACUUUCAUGGACAAAAGAUGAACAAUUGAAGUUCAAGACCGUUGUUCACCUGAAUCGGCCAUCAAAGGGCAAAAACUUCUGGAAGUGGCUUAAAAUAUAUUUCCCUCACAGAAAGUGGACUAGUUUAGUAAGCUACUACUUCAAUGUGUUUGUCCUCGAGCGCCGAAGGUACCAAAACCGGGUAACAUGCCACAACAUUGAUAGUGAUGAUGAUGACAUUGAGUUUUGCUUUAGUAAUCCGAUGGGUCAAGAUAGAGUUACAGUUAACGACUCGAGUUCUAUCGUUUGUGCUCUGAAUGAGCAAUUUAUGGAUUUGCCACAUGAGCUUUGAUGCGUAUCAAUUUGUUACUUCAAAGGAAGUGGAGUUUCCAAAAGAUUACUAGAAAUGCUUGGGAAUUCACUCACUUCCUUUCAGUAUUAAUUUAUGAUCCCAGUGAUUGCACUUGCUGGGUUGGAAGCAAUAAGUAUUGAGGAUAAAUUAUUUACUUAACAUUGAUGCUAGUUAAUACCAGUCCUUUAGCAAGCAUCUUGUUAAAUUGUAAGACAGACAUUGACAGUACAAUAAUACAAUCCUGUUCUUGCCUUUCUGACAGUGAAGGCUUUUGCAGUUGGUGUUAAUUAAUUACAAUGA